CCUGGGGACGCUGUCGCCAUGGCAACCCCUUCUCUUCCCUCGCGCUCAGUCUUAGGGGCGCAUCUUCUUCCUACUCUUUUCCCGAGCGGGGCUGAGGUCCUGAGGGAGAAUUCUGGGCAGUUGGUAGCAAUUUUUGAAAACGGAUCGGAGCGAGCAACGAACAGAAGGAGCGAGACCGCCGAGAGUAGCCGAAGAGCCCCGUCCCAGGGAGGUUUAUCCGUGAAGGGAAAGACCUCCUCCGCCUAAUAAAUCCUCUCCCGUUUGUCUCUCCUCUUUCUCACGCAGUUUUCUGAAUUCAGUCGCCAUGUCAGUGAUUGUGGCUCAGGCUCUCCACAUCUUUGGGUUCCAGUCCCGAGUAGCAAAUAAUAUUUGCUUUUUUGAUGAGCAGAUAAUAGUCUACCCCGCGGGAAAUAGCUGUGUGAAAUACCACAUAGAACAGAAAUGGCAGAAGUUCAUCCCAGGCUCAGAAAAAAGCCAAGGGAUGCUUGCACUAGCAAUAAGUCCCAAUCGACGCUAUCUGGCCAUUUCAGAGACACUUCAAGAUAAACCAGCUAUCACAAUUUAUGAACUGUCAUCCGUCCCAUGCAAGAAGCGGAAGAUUCUGAAUACCUUUGAUUUUGCUGUGCAGGAAUUUAUCAGCCUGGCUUUUUCUCCUGAUUCCAAAUAUUUAGUGGCACAGGCAGGACCUCCUGAAUCACAGCUUGCCUAUUGGAUGUGGGAAAAACAAAGAACAAUGGCAAUUAUUAGGGCUGAUGUUCAGAAUAACCCUCUUUAUCAAGUGAGCUUCAAUCCUCAGGAUAAUACUCAAGUCUGUGUCAUAGGAAAUGGUAUUUUCAAGUUAUACAAAUACACAGAAGGAUCCUUAAAGCAGACCAAUUUCAUACGGGGAGAGCCCCAAAACUACUUGUCCCAUGCCUGGCUAUCUGAAGAUAAAGUGAUUGUGGGUACUGAUAUAGGCAAACUCUAUUUAUUUGAUUCUGGUGAUUUACGGUGGGAGACAAGUAUUGAGCGGAAAGAGCCAACUGAAAUGUUGAAUGAAGAACCAGUUAUAGAAUCAGAAAGCCUCAUUGAAUUUCCUGUUACUAAUUCCCCUGAGUACUCUACUGAGGCAGUUUCUGAAACUGAAGGGCAGCAGCAAACCUCUCUGCCCCGAGUCUCUGCUAUUGCUGCAUAUUCCAAAGGAUUUGCUUGCUCUGCUGGUCCAGGUAUUGUUUUACUGUUUGAGAAAUCAGAUGAGAAAGAUGGUUACCGAGAAAGUCGAGAGAUUCGGAUUCCUCAAGAUCCAUGCAGCAGUGAUCCAAACCAAUCAGAUAAACAAGAGGUUGUGUGUAUUGCCUUCAGCCCUGCAGAAGAGACACUUCUCAUCAGCACAACUAAAAAUCAGGUGUAUUAUCUUUCCAUGUCAUCAGCUGAGUUAACUAAAGGAGAGACGGCUCAUUUUGAAUACCUGAACUUCCCAAUACACUCUUCUUCUGUUACUGGCUUGGAUACCUGCAUUCGCAAACCACUUGUUGCUACAUGUUCGCUGGACAAAUCUGUCCGUAUCUGGAAUUACGAGACAAACACACUCGACUUAUAUAAAGAGUACCAAGAAGAGGCAUAUGCACUUGCUUUUCACCCUGGUGGUCUGUGUGUUUUGGUUGGUUUUGCUGACAAACUUCGACUGAUGAAUUUACUUAUUGAUGACAUCCGGACUUUUAAGGACUUCACUGUACGAGGAUGCCGAGAGUGCGCCUUCAGUACAGGUGGUCAUCUGUUCGCAGCAGUUAAUGGAAAUGUGAUUCACAUUUACUCUACCAUAAGUUUUGACAAUAUCAUAAAUCUGAAAGGACACAAUGGUAAGGUACGAUCAGUUGUGUGGAGCAUGGAUGAUUAUAAACUGGUAUCCUGUGGCACAGAUGGAGCAGUAUAUGAAUGGAACCUCCAGAAUGGCAAAAGAGAAUCAGAGUGCGUACUCAAGUCUUGCAGCUAUAGUGGAGUAGCAAUAUCACCUGAUGCAAAAGUCAUCUUCGCUGUUGGUUCUGAUCAUUCUAUCAAGGAGAUUUGUGAUUCUUCGAUACUGAGAGAAGUGCCCUCUUUUGACGUUACCUACACUUGCAUUGUGAUAGCUCAUAAUGGGCGGAUGGUAUUCACUGGAACAUCUGCUGGGACCAUCCGGUCCAUGAAAUACCCAUUACCUGUGCACAAGGAAUUCAAUGAGUAUCAAGCUCAUGCUGGUCCAGUCACCAAGAUAUCCAUAACAUCUGAUGAUCAGUUUUUGUUAACAUCUGCAGAAGAUGGAUGUAUAAUUAUCUGGAAAGUAUAUGACAAAGAAGGACGGGGAUUGAAAAGGGAGAGAGAGGUACCAUAUUCUGAUGAAGUGUUGAUUACUAGAACAGACAUGGAAGAGAAGACUCAGGUCAUGCUAGAACUAAAAACACGGGUAGAGGAACUAAAGAUGGAAAAUGAAUAUCAGCUUCGUCUCAAGGAUAUGAAUUAUAAUGAAAAAAUAAAGGAAUUAACUGAGAAAUUCAUCCAGGAAAUGGAAUCGUUGAAAACUAAAAACCAGGUUCUGCAAACAGAAAAAGAAAAACAGGAAAUACAACACCAGGAGCAGCUAUCAGAAUUAAUAGAGAAACAGUCAAGAGAGGUGCAAGAUUUAGAAUCUGGCAAUAACCAAAAGCUGCUGUUGGAAUAUGAAAAGUAUCAAGAACUGCAAAUGAAAUCUCAAAGAAUGCAGGAAGAGUAUGAGAAACAACUUCAUGAAAUGGAAGAGAACAAAAGCCAAGCACUUGAGGAACUGACAGAAUAUUAUGAGGCAAAGUUGCUUGAGAAAGCAACUUUACUGGAAGAGGCUCAAGAUGAUUCUAGACAGCAACUUAGGGAAUUUGAGGAAACUAAGAAGCAGAUUGAAGAAGAUGAAGAUAGAGAAAUUCAGGAUAUAAAAAUUAAAUAUGAGAGACGGCUUCGAGAAGAAAGGGAAUCCAAUCUACGAUUAAAGGGGGAAACAGGAAUCAUGAGAAAGAAGUUUAAUAGUCUCCAAAAAGAGAUUGAGGAGCGAUGCAGCGAUAUUGAGGCAAUGAAGUUGGAGCAGCAAAAGCUGCAAGGGAUUAUUAAGGCUUUAGAGAAGGACAUUAUGGGGCUGAAGAGAGAGAUUCAAGAAAGAGAUGAGACCAUCCAAGAUAAAGAAAAACGAAUUUAUGAUCUAAAAAAGAAAAAUCAGGAACUGGAGAAAUUCAAAUUUGUAUUAGAUUACAAAAUUAAGGAGCUGAAGAAACAAAUAGAGCCACGUGAGAAUGAUAUCAAAGCCAUGAAGGAACAGAUCCAGGAGAUGGAGGGAGAGCUGGAACAUUUCCAUAAACAAAACACACAAUUGGAACUUAACAUAGCUGAACUGCGCCUAAAGCUGAGAGCUACAGAUCGUGAGAUGCACAAAGAGAUGCAGAAAGAACGAGAUAUGGAAGCACUUGUCAAGAGAUUUAAAACAGAUAUUCACAACUGUGUAGGCCUCAUCCAGGAGCCUAAGAAACUAAAGGAGUCCAUUAGAGAUAUCUAUGAGAAGUAUGUACAGAAGGCAGAUAGGGUGGAAAUUGUUGGGGUUGAUUCAGACUUGCAUCAAGAGUAUACACGGCAGCGAGAGCAUCUUGAACACAACCUAGCAACACUGAAAAAGAAAGUGGUAAAAGAAAGUGAGAUCCAUCGUGCAGAUUAUGUGCGCAUUAUGCAGGAAAAUGUAAGUCUUAUUAAGGAAAUCAAUGAUUUGCGGAGAGAACUGAAGGUCACUCGUAUACAAGUCCAUGACCUCACGUCAACUCUGAGCCUGCUUAAGAAGCACAAGAAAUCGGGAGCACAACCCUCAGGUCCCUCCCCAGAUCGGCAGCUAAGUCCAGGCAUUCUGCGUUUGAAUCUUGAAGAGGAAACUGAGAGAAUAAUUCAAAUGCAGCGACUGGAAAUCAAGGGCCUUAGAGAGCAAACACAGGGGCAAGAGAAAGCCCUUGCCCUCCGGCCUUUGUCAAGUGGAAAACUCCCCAGUCUGGAAAUGGACAAAACUAGGGACAUACAAUCACAUUGACCUGGCUAGAAAGAACUCCGUGCUGCAGCUCUCUGCAUUUCUAAACAUUCCCUAAAUGUAACUCUCUGCACUUGUAAUCUUGUCCAAGUGUGAUUGGAGGAUGGCUUUUUCCUGUUCUUUUUUUUUUUUUUUUUUAGCAUGUCUAGUUUUUUGUUUGAGACAGAAUGUUAAAGAAACAGUAAACAAGCUAGUCUGGAUUUGCCUGCCUCCUGUUGGUAUGUUUCCAGUCUCAGGACUGGAAAAUCAAGUGAGAGCAUACACAGAGCUUUAGGAAGGAAAUUGGUCACCUGGCUUCAACUUAAAGCAGAAUCCAUUGGAGAUAAAGAAACCUUGUGUGUGGCAUUAUUGGAAACAGGCUAAGGGAUGUAAACUUUCAAUGUUACUGUUUGUUAUUUGUCCAGAACAAUUUUAUUUCACUCUCAUAGAACUCUUUCCCCUUCCCUCCUUCUUUCUUGUCAUUUUUGUUCUCUAACACAGUCCCUAUUUUAAGGUUAUACUUCCUUUAGCUUCUUCUAUGUACAUAAUAAAUUUCCCAUUGACCCAGAUACUAAGGAAUACUUGAAUAAUAACAUUGAUGAGACAACUUUGAAUAAUAAUUAAAGGUUCAUGCUAUUUCCUUCA